AUGAAGGUUCGCCCUGACGACUCUAACGAGCUCCGUGAUUUCAAAUUGAUUUCCUUCGACGUCUACGGCACGCUGGUCGACUGGGAAACCGGGACCUUUGACCAAUUAAAGCCUCUCGUGGCGAAACUUCCUACGAACCAUCCUCUCCAGAACAAUUUUGAUGGGACUAUUGCGGCUUUCCACCAGGAAGAGGAGGCCUUAUGCCGUACACAGCCGGGUUUGAAUUACAGAGCACUAUAUUCUGGUGCUUACACCAACCUUGCAGCUACCCUAUCCCUUCCCAAGCCUUCUGAAAUCGAGAUCGAAGCUUUCGGCUCGCAGGUAAAGAAUUGGCAGGCCUUCCCAGAUACUGUGGAAGCUCUGCACCGCCUUUCAAAAGACUACAAGCUUGUCGUACUUUCGAACGUCGACAACGAAAGCUUCAAAGAUACCCUUGCCGGAGCAUUGAAAGGCGUCAAGUUUGAUGCAAUAUACACUGCUGAGAAUAUUGGAUCGUACAAACCCGAUCUGAACAAUUUUCACUACUUGUUCAACCAUGCAAAAGAGGACUUUGGCGUUGAGAAAGAGCAGGUGCUGCACACCGGUCAUGGACUGAAGGCAGAUCAUGUCGCUGCCAAGCAGCUAGGCCUCACCAGCGUCUGGAUUGAAAGGAGCGGGGGCCCAUUAGACGAAGUGAAGGACAAGGUGGCCUUCACUUGGCAGUUCAAGACGAUGGGCGAUAUGGCCGAUGCUGUUGCGGAUGAGGCCGCUAUAGGAGACCUCUAA